AUGGACAACCCGACCCAGCGUCACAACGGCAGCGGCGGCCACUUCCAGGACGGCGACGAGGAUCCAGAGGCUGGCUUCGCACAGAAACAGACGCACGGCGCCGAGUCGCGCACGCUGAGCCUGCAUCCCUCGUUCUACAUCCUCAGCUGGAUCUUCUUCUCCAACUGCACCAUCCUCUUCAACAAGUGGCUCAUUGACAAUGCGGGCUUCCGCUACCCUAUCCUCCUGACCUGCUGGCACCUCGUCUUUGCGACCGCCGCGACGCAGCUGCUCGCCAGGACAACCUCGCUGCUCGAGUCGCGCCACACCCUGCCCAUCGACCGUCGCUUCUUCCUGCGUACCAUCCUCCCCAUUGGCAUCCUAUACUCGGGCUCGCUCGUCUGCUCCAAUGUCGUCUACCUCUACCUCUCGGUGCCCUUUAUCCAGAUGCUCAAGUCGGCCUCGCCCGUCGUGGUGCUCUUCUUCUCCUGGGUCUGGGGCAUCGCCAAUCCCACCAUGUCGACCCUCCUCAACAUUCUCGUCAUCGUCCUCGGUGUGGCCAUUGCCAGCGCGGGCGAGAUCCAGUUCUCGUGGCUGGGGUUCAUGUACCAGGUCGGAGGCACCGUCUUCGAGGCGAUGCGCCUGGUCCUGAUCCAGGUCAUGCUCAGCUCCGAGGGUCUGCAGAUGGACCCCCUCGUCGGUCUCUACUACUAUGCCCCUGUCUGCGCCGUCAUGAACAUGUUUGUCGCGCUGUGGAGCGAGGUCCCCAAGUUUGAGAUGCAACACUUGUGGGAUGCGGGCAUCUUCAUGCUUCUGCUGAACGCGCUUGUCGCGUUCAUGCUCAACAUUGCGAGCGUGUGUCUGAUUGGCAAGACGUCUGGUCUCGUCAUGACCCUCACUGGCAUCCUCAAGUCGAUUCUCCUCGUCAUCAUCUCCGUCAUCAUCUGGCAGACCACCAUCUCCCCCCUCCAGUUCUUCGGCUACUCCGUCGCCCUCUGCGGCCUGGUCUACUACUCCCUCGGCUACGAGACCCUCUCCAAGGGCUACCACAUGGCCUCGUCGUGGGCAGGCGACACAUGGAAGUCCGGUCGCGAGGGCCAGUGGACACCGGAGCGCCGCCGCUGCAUCCUCGUCACUGGCAUCCUGGCCUUCAUCAGCCUCUGCAUCAUGCGGGGGGCACGAGGACUGCAUCCGAGUCAAUGA